UCUUGAAAUAUGUCACAGUCUCUGGAGACAUGUUCAGCAGCCUGCUGUCACUUUCCUGAAGUCACACAAAGCAGCUGAGUGCAUGAGGUCACGAUCUGCAGUCUGACUGACAGCGACUGAAAGACAACACGGCGUGCGGAUGAGGACGGACAUGUUGUCAGCUUUCCCCCAUGACGCUGCAGCCAGCAGGCAGAAUAAGAGCUGGUACCUGAGCCUCAGAUCACCUGUGACGAGAGAGGAAGCACGCUGGUUGGUCACAACAAUUGUCCUCCAUCAGAAAACAGGAUGGCGUACAGAGGCAGCGUCAGACCUUUUGUCAACUUUAAUGCCAAACAUGAUGCUGAAAUCCUCCACAAAGCCAUGAAGGGAAUCGGUACGGAUGAAGACGCCAUCCUCAUGCUCCUGACAGCUCGCAGCAACGGUCAGCGCCAGCAAAUUAAGGCAGCGUAUAAAAAGGCCUAUGGAAAGGACUUGGUCAGCGCGUUGAAGUCGGAGCUCGGCGGGCUGUUCGAGAGUCUGAUUGUGGCCCUGAUGACCCCGGCUGUCUCCUAUGAUGCUUCCCAACUGCACAAGGCUCUCAAGGGAGCCGGGACUGAUGACGACGUGCUGAUUGAAAUUCUGGCCUCCAGGACUGGAGAGGAGAUUAAAGACAUCAUCAAAGUGUACAAGAAAGAGUUCAGCAGCAAGCUGGAGAAAGAUAUCUGCGGUGACACCUCGGGGCACUAUCAGAAACUACUGGUGAUCCUGCUGCAGGGGAGCAGAGAGGAGGGAGUAGAUGAGGAAAAGAUCGAGAAAGACGCCAAGGAUUUGUAUGCGGCUGGUGAGGGCAAGGUGGGCACAGAUGAGGAGAAGAUCAUCAGAAUCCUGGGCAACAGGAGCGUCGAGCACCUCAGGGAGGUGUUUGACGCCUACAAGAAGCUCUCUGGCUCUGAUAUCGAGGACAGUCUUGAAGGAGAGACCACCGGGAAUCUGGAGAACCUUCUGCUGGCUGUUGUGAAAUGUGUCAAGAGUGUUCCAGGUUUCUUUGCUGAGUGUCUCUAUAAGUCUAUGAGGCGCGCUGGAACUGAUGACAACACCCUGAUGAGGAUCAUGGUGUCGAGGAGCGAGGUGGACAUGUUGGACAUCAGAGCCAGCUUCAAGAAGAUGUAUGGAGCGUCUCUGUACAGCACCAUCCAGGAGGACACGACUGGAGACUACCAGAAGGCUUUGCUCUACCUCUGUGGUGGGAAUGAUUAAUGCUGCUCUCAGACGUGUUCAGCAGCUCUGGACGAUGAGUCACCGUGUUGCUGCUACACCAGAUGAGAUUAUUGAUCCAGUGCUGUUGAUUCUUUCUGACUUCAGCCUGCUAUUGAUUGAAUUAGCGUGAAUCAUACACUUUUUGAUAAUAUCCUCUUCAUGAACAGCAGUUAUAGUGUAUCCACUUAAAGGAAGUUUAGCUUUUGCUUAAUAUUACACACAGUCUGAACAGAGAAUAGCUCCAUCACAUGAUUACAGGUAAUCAUAUCCUAAUCAUAAUAUAGAGAAUAAAGCUGAUUGACAUAAUUACAUAUUUGUUUGUAUUAUUAACACUUUAUUAUAAAGUUAGUCAUUACAUAAUAAAGCUGAGCUGAUUGAUAACCAAUGAUUAAUGCAGGAUGCAUCACCUGUUGCUCACCAUUAACAAAUGAUCCAGUUGUGAGUGAUAGAUCAUCAGUUAAAGGAAACUUUCCAUCGGACUUGUUUUUAACACUGAAGAUAACAUUCAUACAACUUGUCCAGCAUCAUCCAAGUCUACGGAAGCCCAGACAACCCAAACUGAUUUGGAAAAAAUGCUGUUUCACACGAGACAGAAUCUGCAGCUCUCAGCUAAACGUGUUAGCGAGCUCGCGGUCUGGAGGUGCAUGAACUCGACCGCACGUCAAGGCUGUAAAUGAUCUUCGCAGAUCAUUUUGGGGUGUCUGGGCUUCGAGACUCUCGGAUGACGCUGGACGAGCUGUAUGCAGACUUUUCUUUUAGGUGAUAUUUUAAAGUUGUAAAACACAUCCCUAUCUUCUUUAGAGGCUGUGAAACUUCACCUGACUUCCAUCUGCGUGAGGAGAGAAGAUAAUGACUGAAUAUUCAUUUUGGGGUGAACUGUUCCUUUAAGGAAUUUUAACUUAAGUUUUAAGUUAAGUUAUCAGUAUGAGUUUAAGUUGGCUGGAUUUCUGGUGAAUUAAAGUUUAUCUAAUUAUU